UUUCUCCAUAUAUAUACCUUCCCACUCCUGUAACAUUUCUUUCCCCUCAGACCAAGGUGAGGCUCCGCCUCCACCACCUUCUAAAACAUCUUUUCUAUUCUCAUUAUAUUUAUUAUUAUAUAUAUAAAAAAAAAAUUGUAAAAAUAUAUAUCUGUAAUAAUCUAUAAAUCAACAAAAUUUUAUAUAUCGUUUGCUAUAUUUGAUAUUAUAUAUACCUGGAAACUUCUGAUUAGGAUUGUUAUAAUGUCUUCGACAAAGAAAGAUAUGGAUAGGAUCAAAGGUCCAUGGAGCCCCGAAGAGGAUGAGGCCUUGCGGAGGCUUGUCCAGAACUAUGGCCCGAGGAACUGGUCUCUCAUUAGUAAAUCGAUCCCUGGUCGGUCCGGAAAGUCUUGCCGUUUGAGGUGGUGUAAUCAGCUUUCUCCUGAGGUUGAGCACCGACCCUUUACUCCGGACGAGGAUGAGACGAUCGUUAGGGCUCAUGCGAGGUUCGGGAACAAGUGGGCAACCAUAGCCCGCCUCCUCAAUGGCAGGACUGAUAACGCUAUUAAGAACCAUUGGAAUUCAACACUGAAAAGAAAAUGCUCUUCUAUGUUUGACGAUUCCAAUGGUGAUGCCCAGGAUCAGCAGCCUCUCAAGAGAUCAGCCAGUGUCGGUGCGGGUACAGUCGUUACGGGUGGGUUUCUUAACCCCGGUAGUCCAUCCGGAUCUGACUUGAGCGAUUCGAGUUUACCUGGAAUGCCUUUAACACAAGUUUUCACACCCCUCCCUUUAUCAGGACCCAUUGCUCCGUUGAGUCAUCAUCAUCAUCAUCAGAUUGAUACUUCAUCUUCAGCUACCGAUCCACCUACUUCUCUCAGCCUCUCGCUGCCAUCUUCCGAUUCAUCCGAAGUAUCGAAUCGCGGGUCUGGGUCCGCGUUCGGAUCGGUUCCGACAUCUGCGAGUCCGACCCAGACUGUACCACCAGCUCUACAUCUACAACCAUUAGUUCCAGCCUUAUUGUUGCAGCGAGAACCAGCUCAAGUGCCCAGUCAGAGCAAUCAGUUUGAGAAACCUUUCUUCAGUGCAGAGUUUCUGGGGGUGAUGCAAGAAAUGAUAAGAAAGGAGGUGAGGACGUACAUGUCUGGGAUUGAGCAAAAUGGUCUGUUUUUCCACACUGAAGCUAUUGGAAACGCCGUCGUUAAGCGUAUGGGACUUGGCAAGAUCGAGUAGAAGAGUACUGUCCAUCCCUCAUGAAAUUCUAGUUUAACUUUCAUAGUUAAACUGGGAGGACAGUUGCAGAGGAGUACGAGAGCUAGACUGAUGCACAACCCGGUCUUUUUUUAUUAAAAUUUUCCGUUUCCUUUUUUCUUUUUUAAUAUAUAUAUAUAUAUACCAUGAAAAUAAUUUUGGUAGUGUACAGCAGGACAAUUGGGGGUUUAAGUCUAUUUAGGUUUUCUUUAUGAUAGAGAAGAAGAGGGACAUUGGCUGUGGAUUAUGGAUAUUGAGAUUGAGGAACAAUUUCCUUUCAAAUGUUGAGAACCCAGAAAUAUGAAAAAAAAAAAAAAUCAUGAAAAUCUCAAAUGCUUUACUUCUA